CAGCCUGAGCAGGGCAGAGAGAGAUACAGGUGAACUGGUUCCGUACACAAACUAUGUUGAUGCCAUAAAUAUAAUCCAAAAAUGACUUCUGAAAAAUUCGAGACACUAGAAGAAGACUUUAGAACUCUGUGUCAAGAUGUUAGGACAAAACUUGCACGCGUUGAACGGAGUUCGGCUACUGAGGAAAACAGAGGAUUGCUGAGGGAGGUGGAGCGAGACAUUGAAGAUGGCCAGGCAACGGUACGCGAGAUGGAGGACGAGUGUAGGAACGCUCCGCCGACGUACAGAGCUCAGAUGAAUAGGAACGUUACCUCCAUACGUAAGGAGUUGGAUCAGAUAGCACAGAACGUGAGGAGACUGUCAACGAGUGGGGAUGCGGCUCAGAAAAGAACCUCUCUGCUCUCUGGUAGACCAGGAGCGGACACAGAUAGUGAUGACGAACAAGUUGAUUUUGAUCAUUGUCAUCCUCUUGGAAGUUGCCUUGCUAGUAGGAAUCGUCUACUGGAAAUUCUUCAUAUAGGCAUGUGCUGCCACCUGCUGCCAAUUUGUGCAAAAAUCGUGAAGUUUAUCGUGAUCCUUAUGUAGUGAUAUAAAUACUACGUAAUGUAUAAAAACUGUAUAAAGGAUAUCUGUAUGAUGCGUAAUAUGAAAUUUGUUAAGGGAAAUUAUUUUCCAAUUGCACUGAUGUCAAUGAAUCGUAUGGCCUUUUUGUACUUCUAUCUUCAAAUAUUUGCCUUCCAGCUACUACAUAUUUUUAUCUUACUCUAACAGCUUAUCAACACCAUUUUCCUCCUAUUGGGUGAUUCAUGGAUGCUGUUAACGUUCCAGUUGACACAUAAUGUUACCUACCUUAAUGCCAGAAUUUCUUUCAACUGCGAAAAACUGCUAUUAAUUCCUAAUUGUAAGGUGUAAAGUAGAGAAUAAAGUAAUGGCAAGUCAUGAGACAGAGUGUAGUAUAUAUCGUCGCAAUACACUUGAUGCGAACACUAAACACUAUGAAUUUACUUGUAAUGACAGCUUCUAAUUAUUUAUUUAUUAUUAUAAGUUGUUCGUCACUUCUGAUGGUAAUUUUAGUAAAUUCUAAUUACAUCACCGUCUAUGUUAUUAUACACCUGAAAGUAAUAGUUUUUACUAACCUAUGAAAGUUUAAAUGACGUGCAUUGAAUUUGCCACCACUGUUUCUAUUUACUUUUCUAACAUAAAACCUACAGUGAGUUGAUGCGCAUGUGUUGGAGAUGUAACACGUGAUAGUUACAAAAUUGUAAACAAUAUGAUGAACUGAUGAAUGGCUUUCACAGAAGUUACUCUAUCCCGUCGUCAUUAUUCCGAUGUUGUAAAGCUUGUAAGACUAUAAUAAGUUUUGCGAGUGUAAUAGCUUCUCCGUGAUAUUAAAAAUCUGUUGAUAUUAUAUAAUAGGAAAUUUUGAUGAAAUAAGGUUGAUGUACGUAUCUCGCGUGAGCAUGUGUUGUAUAAUAUAUGUGCGACUGAAAUGUCUUGUGUGAUAUGGAAGUGUAAUUAUGCAUUGUCUAAUCCUAUUAUUGUUCUUAUGUAAAUAAAGUAUAUUACUAGA